CAAAUUUGUGGAUUACCAGAGACUGGAAUCACAUGAAUGCACGUCCUAUUUCUAGUUUAUCUGCUUAGUGUCUAAAUAACGAGCUAAAAGAAAUAUUGACCCAAUGAGUGCGCCCCGGUGUACACAGAUCCGCCAUGUUAUGACGUCACUGUCUAAUUCCCCCCGCCCCCCCUCGGAGUGUGUAGGCUCUGCUGUGCGGAGUCAUGAAAGUGUUUGUAAACAACUCAGACAGAAGGAGCAGCAAACUGGAGCCGGACCAAUUCCCGCACAUAACCCUGCAUGUCAACACAUCCUCCAUAGUGUCCCUCAUCUUGCGAUGUGAAUGGUGUAUGAGCUCACGAUUUCUCAAUGUGUUUAAGUCGACAGGAUGACCCAACUGUAACACCAGUGAUUAAUUCAUCGCUGUCUAAGUAGCUAUAUCAUUCCGGUCGCAGAGCCUUCAAAUCCCUUUCGUUACCUGUGUACUGUUCACCUAUUGAGUUAAGAUGCCUUGGCCAUUUUCUGAGUCCAUCAAGAAACGGGCCUGCAGAUACCUCCUACAACGGUACCUUGGCAACUUUCUGCAGGAGAAGCUGAGCUUGGAUCAGCUCAGUUUAGACCUAUAUCAAGGCACUGGAUCACUUGCACAAGUACCAUUGGAUAAAUGGUCUCUCAAUGAACUCCUAGAGACGGCGGAUGCCCCCUUUGAGGUUAUUGCUGGGUUCAUCCAGACAAUUUCUCUAACUGUUCCGUGGGCAGCCCUACUUCACGAAAACUGUGCCCUAGAGGUCAAGGGUUUGGAGAUGGUGCUCAGACCAAGACCAAGAGUGGCAUCUGGCACCGAGCCAAUGUACUGGUCCAGUUUCAUGACGAGCAGCAUGCAGCUUGCCAAAGAAUGUCUCAGCCAGAAACUCACCGACGAUAUGGGAGAGAGCUUCCAGCCUUUUGAAGGAUUAGAGAAGUUUGCAGAAACAAUAGAGACAGUUCUGAGAAGAGUUAAAGUGACAUUUUUGGAUACUGUUCUCAGAGUUGAACACAUUCCAGAAAAUUCAAAAACAGGAAUCGCCCUUGAGAUUCGAAUCAAAAAGAUUGUUUACUGUGAUGAAACAGACGAGGAGAGUUCAAGUGUGAAUGUGCAUCAGCCAACCACAUUUGCACAUAAAAACUUGCAGAUGGAAGGCAUCACUGUGUUUUGGGAUGAGUUCUCAGAUGUGUCUCGUGCUGGUUUUAAAUCUUCACCCACUCCAACGGAAACUGAACCAAAGCUCUCCCCUAGCUGGAAUCCCAAAAUAAUAUGUGAGCCUCAUCCCCAGUUUACAGAGCCUGUAUCCGCUACAACACCCUUUGAACCUGUGCAGGUCGGGAGCCUCAGUGGUAAAAUUGAGUUGUCCCUCACUCUAAAAAACAACUUGGCUAUGCCUGGAGCAAAGCUGGAUGUUGUUGGACAUAUUGAUACACUUGUUAUUCUGUUGUCCCCACGGCAAGUUCAUCUUCUUCUGGACUUGUGUGGAGCUUUCUCUGGUGGAGGUGCACAGGAAUGGGCUAAGGAUAGAAAGAGCCGACCCAUACAGCAAGAGGAUGAGUAUCGGCUCCAUAUGGAACUGAACCGCUGUCUAAAAAAGGAUACCGCUGUGCCAGGAACAGACCCCGACCUCUUUGAGAGCCAGACCACCAGAACUGUGUCUAGCCGAGAUGAUGUGUUCUUUUCCAUGGCAGACAUGGACAUGUCUCACAGCUUGUCAUCCCUUCCUCCUCUGGGUGAACCACCAACCGUUGACUUGGAUUUGUCACUCAAUAGUAACUACUCUGCCUCACCAGGAGAAUCUCCUUCUGGUAAUGCAACAGCUCUGUGGGAUGACUACAUGGAUGUACCACGACAAAGAGAGAAGCAGACUAAUGAAACUCCCAUCCAGUCGCGGGAUUCACACCACCCUCAAAAAUUACUGAGACAGACUUCCCAUCCAUCCAAAACCCACAGUGAUGAGUCAAGGCCAGAGCUGGUGUUAAAGUUAACAUUGACUAGUCUAGCUGUCUCAGUCCUCCAUAUCGACCCGCUGCCACCACCACAUGCCGCUCCCAGUCCUCUUGGCCCCAUGGCUGCACACUUCUUCAGCAUGCUGGGCCCCGGGCAGCUCACCCCAGCUGCUUUCCUUCAGUCUCGGACAGUGUUUAACCAGGCUUGCCCCCAUGACCAUCUCAGGUUUCUGGGCCAGGGCCUGAAGAUUAGCUAUGAGCACUGUCAGGGAUCCAGCCUACGGACUUACAGUACUGACGUCUCCCUGAACCAGAUGGAGUUUCUGGAGUGUCUGUUCCCCUCUGAGGCUGUCAUUGGUGGCUCCCAAAGAGACAUUCAGUAUACUGAGCUCCUGACAUUUGACACUACUGCCAGUGCCGAUGCAUCGCUUACCACCUGCCUUCACCUGCUUUACAAACAGGCUGAGCGCAGAGGCCCCCAGGGCGGCCAGGUUCGCCUUAGCACCAUUCCCAGAAAAGCUGAGAUCCAGGUGGAGCUGGGCCCCGUGCACUCUGAGCUGGACAUCAGCAUUGUAGACCGUCUUAACUCAUUGUUACAACCUCAGAAGCUGGCCACCACAGAGUUGAUGGCUUCCCACAUGUACACAUCCUAUAAUAAACAUGUCAGCUUGCAUAAGGCCUUUGCAGAGGUUUUCCUUGAUGACAGCCAUACUCCCACUAACUGUCACGUAUCGCUGACGGUCAAUGCUCCUUUGCUGGGCCUUGCAGUCCACUUCCCCAUCCCUGACCUGCGCUCAGAUCAGGAGAGGGGCCCUUGGUUCAAGAAGUCCCUGCAGAAGGAAAUACUCUACCUGGAGCUGGAAGACUUGGAAGUGAAGACAGAGUUCAUGGGUGGCAGCUCUCCUGACCAAACCAAGAUGGAGCUCACUUUCAGGGAGCUUAUUGGGAAGUUUCAGGAAGAUCCGGAUCUACCAGCUGCCCGGUUCCUCAGAGUGUCCCACACCAUGGAUGGAGACAUGACGGCAUCUGAAAGUGUAAAAUUUGAUUGGCCCAGGGUUGUGCUGAAGAUGAACCCUACUGCAGUCCACUCGAUCCUUGAGCGGGUGACAGCUGAAGAUGAUGAAGGAGCUGAGGACCAUUCCCUUGAAGAGGAAGAGGAGGAAGGGGCCGCCCAUUCAUUGAAGGAUGUGUGUGACUUUGGGAAACCAGAGCCGUCGCCCUUUUCAUCACGAAGGGUUAUGUAUGAGAAUGAAGAGAUGAUUAUUCCUGGUGAUGCUGCUGAGAUGACAGAGUUCCAAGAAAAAACCAUGAACAACUCCCGCUUCAUCCUUGAGUUGUGUUUCCACAAUGUGCAAUUAGUACUUCCCAACAAGGCAUUUUAUGAAAAACUACACAACAGGAUAAACAAUGACUUGCUGCUGUGGGAGCCUACUGCUCCAUCUCCAGUGGAGACAGUGGAAAGCAUGCCAUAUGGAGUUGGACUCUCUGUUGCCAGUCAGUUGAUCAACACUUACUCAAAGGACAGCUUCAGCCAGUUUCGGUCUACUGGUCCCGACGAGGAUACCAGUGGCUCAGAGGAGGAAACCAUGCACUAUUACUCUCCUGCAUCGGACCUGGGCCUCAAGUCUCGCAAAAAGAAAAAGCCCAGAGCCCAGAGUAAGACCUCCCAGAGCCUGUUCUCUGUCAUCAUCAGUGUCAAUCAUGGUCUGGUGGCUCUUCAAACUAAUGCUAAGAAGGAGGAUAAAACUGUACUGAAAAACAAACAUGGCGAGUUCUGGUUGGAGGUGAAAAAUGCUGUGCUGUUCAGUGUGACGCAGUACGAAGGCUAUAAAGACCAACACUACAUCUGCUUCCACACCAGUAAUAUUUGCAUGUAUCAUCAAGGACUUGUGGAUGGAGGCCCCUCUAUCUCAGAGGUCAAGUUGCCAUGCAGGACACAUCCCCACUGGUUAGAGCCAACCAUCUACCAGUCCGAGACAUCUCCUGAGAGAUCCUCAACACCUUCGGAGGGUAUUGGUCUGGAGGCCCGCAGCAUGGUGUCUGUUGCCGUUAAAAUCUCAUCACAGAAUGCAGAGCGAAAUGUCAAGGAAUUUCUUGUGGCUGUGGGAGUGAGAGGAGCUACACUCGAGCACAGAGUUGUCCCACCUGGCCUGGGCUGGUAUGACCAGAUUGUUGACUUUCUGAAUGUUUCCGAUGAGCCUGUGUUGGGUUAUGCCCCUCCUACAUCCGUCACAACCCUUCAUUUACACCUGUGGAGCUGCUCUCUAGACUACAGACCCCUUUUCCUGCCACUCAGAUCACUAUUGGUUGUAGAGACUUUCAGCAUCUCCAGCAGUGUCUCUUUGGACCUCUCUUCGUCAACACUCAGGAUCAUUUUGGACGAAGCGGCUCUGUUCCUCUCAGACAAGAGUAACGCCGUCUCUGUCAAUCUAGCGCGAGACUAUGUCCAAGUGGUAGACAUGGGAACGCUGGAACUGAGGAUUACAGCUGUCAAACCUGGAGUGGAUAGAAAGUUGUCAGAGCCCAGAUUUGAGCUGCGCUGUUCCAGUGACGUUAUUCACAUCAGAACCUGUUCGGACUCCUGUGCUGCCCUCAUGAACCUUAUCCAGUAUGUGGCGAGUUAUGGAGACUUGCUGCCCCCUGCAGAACCAGAGGCAAAGCACAGCAGCACUACACAAAGAACCAAGGCGGAGUUUCCUGGCUGGCCCACAUCCCAGACCCUAUUGCUAGCUGAGACUGAGCAGCAGAUGUUGCAGGAUCUGAUGAGUGAAGCAAUGGAGGAGACUGAUGGGCAGCAUGCACCAGGGCUGCAGCAGAAUGGUGCACACGAGGUGCAAGAUCAAGAUCAAGAUCAUGACCCGCCUCGCUCAGACCUAUUCUUGUUCCCCAAUGAGAGUGGGGCUUUUAACCAAGAUUCAAGCCCCACCUACCCCAUGCUUCACUCUCCUCUCAUCACUCCUGUCCCUAACCUGACCCAAGAGGCGGACGACUUUUGUAUCCUAGAGACACCGGGUUCCAGAGGAGAGGAUCUUGAUCAGGAGCCAGUGGUAAAGCAGCUUACUUCAGAUCCUGUGGAAAUCAGAGAUGAUUACUUUAGUCAGCCUCUAUAUGGGAAUGAUUCUAGCCGUGGAGCCAUGAACUUUCCCAUUCCAGAGGUGCGCUACCUCAUCAAGGAGAUCUCCGUCAUUUGGCACCUCUAUGGUGGGAAAGACUUUGGGAGUGCAGUUUUCACGGCCUCUCCUGCUAGAAGCCGGGGGUCCACGCCCCAUAGCUCCCCCUCUCAAACUCCAGUCAGGCAGGCCAAGGCUUCAGGCCGUGCAGGAGGUGGAAGAGGAAGGAACCCGGACGUUCUUAUGGAGAUACAACUUAGCAAGGUGAGAUUUCAGCAUGAGGUGUACCCACAGGCCCAGGUGGCUUCCGGGCCAGCGACGGAUCAGCCUGUAUCCCGGCAGGUGUUUGUUGUGCAGGACUUGGAGAUUCGAGACAGACUGGCAACCUCACAGAUGAACAAGUUCCUCUACUUGUAUUCUAGCAAAGAAAUGCCCCGAAAAGCUCAUUCUAACAUGUUGACAGUUAAGGCACUGCACAUGUGUCCUGAGUCAGGCCAGGCUCCCCAGGAGUGCUGUUUGCGUGUUUCCCUGAUGCCGCUUCGCCUCAAUAUUGAUCAGGAUGCACUGUUCUUCUUGAAGGACUUCUUUACCAGUCUUGCUACCGAAGUUGAGUUUUUUUCACCGCCUGCUCAAGAAGCUAUAUGUGUUUCCACAAAAAAAGCGUCUGCCCCAGAGAUCUCCUGCAGCUUCUCCAAGCACGCCGGCAGCAGCCAGGACCCGGCCCCAAUCAUCUCAGUGCCUGCUCAGAGACGUUUGAGCCACAAUGGUUUCUCCACAUCUGGCAGGGAGGAAGUGAAUGAUAAUGAAGCCUCUGCUCCUUCCUUCACUGACCAACCGAUUUUCUUUAGGGAGUUUCGAUUUACCUCUGAGGUUCCCAUUCGCCUGGAUUACCAUGGGAAACAUGUUGCAAUGGAGCAGGGAACAUUUGCAGGGAUCAUUAUCGGGUUGACACAGCUUAACUGUUCAGAGCUGAAACUGAGGCGCUUGUGCUAUAGACAAGGAUUGUUAGGUGUGGAUAAGUUGUUCUCCUAUGCAAUAAAUGAGUGGCUAAAUGACAUAAAGAAGAACCAGCUACCAGGACUACUGGGUGGUGUGGGACCUAUUCACUCUCUGGUACAACUAGUUCAGGGAUUCAAGGACUUGGUCUGGCUCCCGAUUGAGCAGUACAGGAAAGACGGUCGUAUAGUCCGUGGGUUUCAGCGUGGUACUGCCUCCUUUGGAACUUCUACUGCUAUGGCUGCACUGGAGCUAACUAACAGGAUGGUGCGAACCAUCCAGGCUGCAGCUGAGACGGCCUAUGACAUGGUGUCUCCAGUGCCUGAUGAGAGAGACACAAAGAGAAUAAAACGGUUCUCCCAUUACGGACUGGCUCAUCAGCCCGUCGACCUAAGAGAAGGUGUAGCCAAAGCCUAUACUGUUGUAAAAGAGGGUAUCACAGACACAGCCCUGACUAUCUAUGACACAGCCACCCGGGAGCAUGAGCAGCGUGGGAUGACGGGGGCAGUGGGUGGAGUUCUCCGCCAGCUGCCACCAGCAGUGGUCAAGCCAUUCAUUAUGGCCACCGAAGCCACCUCCAAUGUCUUGGGUGGGAUGAGGAAUCAAAUUCAUCCUGAUGCACGCCAGGAGGAGUCUCAGAAAUGGAGGCAGGGCGAGGAGUAAUUCUUAUUGCCACAUGGUACCUGGAACUAUAACUGCACAAGCAACAGCUUGAGGGACAUCUCAGAUGUGCACAUACAGCCCUGGUGUAAAUAAAAUACUGUUUAUCUUUUGGCAAUUUGAGCUACUGUGAUUUAGCUUGUCAGCUUACAGUUCCCUCACAGUGCCUUUAUGGUUAUCAGCAUUGUUUAACUGUUUGUUUAAUCAAAGGGAUAUGUGUAGAGUGAUGAAUUUGUGAGCCCCAUAUUGUCUUUAUGUGGAUUAUGUUCUGUUGUAAGAUAUACAACGGCAUUAUGAAUAUAAAAUCAUUACAAUGAAGAAAUAGGCUGUUGUCUCAUGAGUCGCAGCAUUUGCUUCAUUCUCAAGCAGCUCUGUUUACAAGUUGUGUGUGGUUGCAUUCUUAUUCUACUUAGUGUCAACACUAAUAUUAUAGGUGUAGUGACCCUUAAUUUAAAUAACGUACUGUAAGUGAGCUUUGUUAUUUACUGUAAAUAUUUCUAAUGUGUAACAUUUCAUGCAAAUAUAAGAGAACUGAGAAUUGUAGAAACGGAAUGUGUUACAGCUGUGUAAAGUUGUGUUCUCAGCACUUUAAGUAACUGCUCAAAUGAAUGACAAUUGGGAAGAUUACCCAAGUUUAGUUUCACAAUUUUAUUUUGAGCUCCGAUCAAUGUUGUGUAAUUUUCACAAAAGCUGCUGUUCAGAAAUUUUGUUUUUUAAAUUUAAAAAACGUUUAAAAUAUUUUUAUUGUGUUGGUCUACCGCUCACAUGUUCAAAUAGUUGACACAAACUUGAUGCAAAGUCUUAUUAUCCUGCACAAUUGAUUUUUUGUAAGUGUAUGUUUGACAAUUGAUAUUUGGCUUGAUAUGCUGUGUUGCAGACAUUUGAUUCGCUCAUUUCUUGUUUAUAUAAUGUGGACAGGAUAAUAGUUCUUGUACAUAGGUGUACAGUUGAAUUUGUAUUAAAAGCAUGAAAGGGAAAUUAAAAACUGUCAAAU